UUUGUGCACUCAGUAUUUUAUUUAUAGCGUUGUGACACGAAAGUGAUAAAUAUAAGCUGAUUUUUUCGCUCCAAUAAAUUCCUCGAGAAGUAAUAUCCUCGAGGUAUAAUAUCUGAUUUUCUAUCGACUUAUCGUUCGAUAUUACAACAUUUUUCCAAAUAGAAAAAGUUUUUCUUUGUGAAAGAUAUGUACAAAUUUAAUAUAUCUGCUCCGGGAACAACAGUUUUACAUGGCGACCACAUGUUGAAACUAAAUAGUUUUUGUAUAGCGGCUGCUUUAGAUAUACGUACCAAGCUUCAAUUCUCUUCGUUGCCUCCAAGAAUAGUGCCGAGAGAACAUAUCAAAAUAGAAUUUUCUAGUAUAAAUUUAUAUUUAUGUAUACCGUUAGACGCACUUUACGAACAUUUUUAUGAUCAAAAUGUUAUUCGUUUAUUUAAAUCUGAGGAAAGAUUGAUUGCCAUAAAAGAGUUUCUCGAUGUAUCAAAUAAUUUCACCGGCAUAUACAAUUCCAUAGAUGAAAAACAGACGUCAUCUUUGCAAGCGUUUUUAUAUUUGCUCCUUUUUAUUGCCUACGAAGAAAAUAUCCAAAUAACUGCAACUAUUAUUGUGAAACUAUGGUCGGAUCUACCGAUUGGAAAGGGCUUAGGCAGCUCAGCAUCCUUCGCGGUGUGUCUCGCGGCAUGUUUCCUACGUUGGUCGCUUUUGCAGAAAGGGAUUGUUCGUUAUGAAUUUGAAAACGGAGACUACAAAAAAAUUGAAUAUUACGCUUUGAACUGCGAGAAGACAAUAUACAACUCCCAGACCUUAAUCAAUGUCUUCACAUCCGUAUACGGCGCAAUAACUACGUUCGAUGAUGAGGGCACCUGCGAAACUAUGGAAGAAAUGCUGCCCAUGAAGAUUCUGAUUGUCGAUGCGAACAUUAAUCAGAAAAUGGGAAGUAGCUCAUUUAUCUUAGCAAAAAAUAUGGAAUAUGUAAAACCAUGUGUAGAUUUCAUCAUGAACAGUUUAGAAGCUGUAAUGAUCACAUCUGCUCAAGCGAUUGAUGAGAUUUACCUUAAGUCGAUAAAUAUACGUAAAGAUGAUAGCAAUUGGCCAGUCCUUGUCCCAUUGGAUAGCUACAAAAGGGUAUCGACUUUCAUCAAUAUGAGUCAAGGAUUAUUAAGGGCAUUGGGUAUAUCUAGUCCAAACAUAGAAAUUAUUUGUGCAAUUGCACGAAAAUAUUCAUUUGCGAGCAAGAUAACAAGUGAUAGUGGAACCGUGUUUAUUUUUCUAUUACCGAAGACCAACCAUCAGCUCAUCGCUAAAUUGAAAAAUGAACUUAAAUUUCACAAUUUUCCUGUCAUAGAAACUACUAUGGUUUGUACCGGAGUAAGAGUUGAAUAGCACGUUAGUUAACACUAAUUAGUAACUACUAAAUAUAAAACAAUUUUUGAAAUGUUACUAA